AUGGCCUUUGUCGGAAGCGCAAUUUCGAAAGUCGUUGCCAGUGUUGCAACGCUACAGAACGAGACCACUUUUGCUCUUUCGAAAUUCAAUCUAGACUUUACAAUUAUCAAAUUGGAGGCACCGAAAGAUUAUAAGAGCGUCGAGGAAAGCAUUUCCAGCGCACGUAAGCACAAUGCUGAAGCUGGCGGACUUCACAAGACAGCGCGAAAGUUAGGGGCGCUAUUCGAUGGCAAGGCUCCUCUGGCUCCAGAACUGUUCCGCGAUUAUGGUACAGGAGUUUCGGAAUUGUGCGAAAUCGAACGGUUGAACCCUACAGGAAAGUCACGACACGCCCUCUUCUCCAAGCAUGUCGGCGCAGAUUCAACCAGUAUAUGGGCAGCAGUGACUUCUGGUGAUGGAGCUGUAGCAGUGCACUUACUUGCUUGCAUGAUCGCAAGGAUGUUUACUGGACCACAGGCAAUAUCUCUGUGGAUGGCAUUGAUAGAAAAACGCAAAGAAGAAAUCGGAGAAGGAAUUGCCAAUACCACCGAUCAAAUGAAGGCUAUUGCUGCGGCUUGCGCUGCUCAGCAAGAGGUCAGACGGGAAGAAAUAGCUGAUUGGGAUAGCAGUGCGCGUUCCUGGAUACAGAGUGCUGAUUUGAUCAAGGUGAAAGAGCACAGCAGAGCGAUGCUUAUGACAGAUGCCUCUGGGCUAGAAGUCAACAAUGAGUCUAACACAUAUCGCUGUGUUAUGCAGGGAUGGAAAGAUGCAAUGAUCGCAAUGAAUAAUCUCGUUACUGGUAUUCCGCAACGAGUGGAAUCUGGAGCUGCAUUGUUAGGAAUGACCUCGUGGCAUCUUUACCCGGAUCUGAUUGUCCUGCAAAAAGGUAUAGAGCUUAUCAAGCAACGAGACAAUUUGGUAGCAGACACGGGAAUCCUGACUGUGGGUUUGCACACCGUGGGAGAGCCCCAAGGAAGUGUAUCAUGGUCAUUACCUCUGGCGUACAUGCAAUAUUAUGGAACACCUAUUAGACAAAUGCUUAUCGCGGCUGAGCAAUAUGAAGUUGUGGAUAAUAUCGAACAAGCUAUUGCAAGGAAACUAGUCGGAUUGGGACAACGACACGGUGAUUUUGUAUGUGAUCCGUCAGAUCACCCUUCGCCUGUUUUUGGCCUGUCGGAAAUGCCUAUGCUUUUCCGAGCCUCGUAUUGCGAAUUUAAGGGACUUUGCCGAAGAGCUCAAAUAUCUAACGCUGAUGGAGUUAUCCACUAUCGACACACUGAAGAGGGGAUAACGGUUGAUGAAUACACAACAAUUGAAACUGUGAAGAGGGACCUCGGGGAUGAGAGCCUCGGAUAUGUUCGUCGACACGGACUAUCAGGCAAUACUAGUCUUGGAAAGAACAUUCGCCGGAUACCAAUUGCCAAUCGAUAUUUUCGCUCUUCAUUGAUUGAGCCAUACCGAGACAAAGAUUGUAAAAAAUCGAAAACUAGGGUCUAUCUUCAGUAUUGGAUUGGAGAUCGCACAACUGCUGAAAUUGUGAGAAUUGGCAGAGAAGACACACGACUCGGACUACCUACACAAGGAACUAAGCAAAUGGGUGAGUCUUUGUCGGCCAGGUCACUGAAUACCAUGUUCAAAGGUGCGGAUUUUGAUCAUAUUCAAUUGACGGAAUGGCUUGCUUCGACUUUGAAAUCAAAGGGUUACAAACAAUAUGUUACAUCUUUGCAAGCUUGUGCAUCUGCUGCUGAGAUAUAUACACGGUUACCUGAUACAACCAUCGAAAGUAAGAUCGUUGAGCAAUCCUUAACCAACGCGCGAUGGAUAGCAACAACAGGAUCUACCUCUACAUCCUCUCUGCGACUUACGUUUUCGAGACCACAAGUUUUUGCCUAUAUUGCUAUGUUUGAUUCGGGUACUUUCAAUCUAGAUCCCGAAGGCUUAAAAGAAGUAUUCGCCAUUUCUUCGGGAAACUCAAUCUUUGUCGCGAGCCCGCUAUCGUGUGAUCCAUAUGAAAAACCCACUGGGGUCGAGAUACAACGUGUCCCUGGAAAUAUCGGUUAUCCUGGACUCUCACUUCUGAUUCCGCCACCUGAUCCUAAGAUCUUGAAACCAGGGCUCGGAAAUUGGCAGCAUCUUGAUUACAAGCCAUCCCGAGGGGUUCUCGAAGACAAUCUACUCGGCACCUCUAUACACUUGUCAUUUAGUGGGUACGAAUUGCCACUACAAAGCCUGGAUAUGAACAGAGACGGUUAUAUCAUGGACCGACCAGUUAGACUGGUUGAAAUUAUAGCUCAGGUAUUUGAUCGUGAAAGAUGGAUAGCAGAUCUUGAUAUAAUGGCGGCUUUGGAAAACAUCCAACUUUCUCGCGUGAUUUGUCGAGCUAACAAAGAGGACACAGACAUAGCAUACGGUACCGAAUACUCCAUAUUGUUUGAUGGAGAUGAUUUGGCCGCUGCGGAUGAUUGGGAUGAGAUUCUGACUCUCAAUGGAGGUUCUCUUUCGGUAAUGAGGGCUACAGGAAGUUGGCUCGCAAGACUGGCAGCUACUGUCAUAAACGUGUAG